AUACCUCUCUUUCUCUCUUCCUCCUCUAUUGCUCUACUUGCUCCCCAUGGCGUCCAGCGAACUGCUUCAACAGAUUCAAGCUGGAAAGAGACUGAAGAAGUCACAGACGAAUGACCGUAGCGCGCCAGCUGUCGAUAAACCUAAAGGUGGGGGUGGUGGAGGCGGAAUCUCCCUAGCAGGCGGAGGUGGUGGUGGUGGUGGUGGAGGAGGAGGAGGAGGCGGAGGUGGUGGUGGUGGUAUGGCAGCUGCUAUGGCAGGUGGAGGCCCUCCCCAACUCGGUGGUCUGUUUGCUGGAGGUAUGCCGAAGCUCAAGCCUGCAGCGAACAAUCUAGGAAAACCUCCAACGCUGGGCAAACCACCGUCGAUACCCAACAGAAACGGACCAUCCCCCAAACCCCCAGCGCCAUCAGCACCGGCACCACCUGCGCCUCCAAACCGAGCGCCGCCCAGGAAGCCUACUGCUCCUGCACCUCCGCCUCCCCCAGCAGCGCCGCACCUGCCUUCUCGUGCGCCACCGCCGCCUCCUGGGCCACCCUCGGGUGGUGCUGCACCUCCGCCGCCCCGUCGACCCGUCCCUCCUCCGCGAGCCUCGAGCCCUGAGAAGAGACCGCCGCCAGCCAUCCCGCCCCGCACCGGUUCGCCCCAGACUCGUCCGGUAUCUGCAGCCAUUCCCGCUCGAGCAGUUCCUGCCAUCCCAUCCCGGAACAGUCUCCAGCCUCCCGCACCCCCUGCUCGCAAGGCUCCUCCUCCCCCGACUCUUCCAGGCCGUGCUCCUCCACCCCCUCCACCAGCCAGACCACACUCAGUCGCGCCUAUACCCCCAGCUCGUUCACAGUCUGCUGCUCCUGCCCCCCCUGCGCGUUCUGUACCAGCCCCACCCAGUCGUAAACUUCCGUCUGCGAAUGGCAAUGCUCCUUCUGCGCCAACACCGCCCCCUGCCCCUCUUGCUCCUCCACCACCACCGCCCUCCCGUGCAAGGACGGUUUCGGAGGCAGCUCCUCCGAGUCUCGCACCACCAUUACCGGCGUCGGCAUCACCAGCCAGACGUAGUUUAGCACCCCCACCGCCGCCGGGAGCUCCGUCCUUGAGGAACAGAACCACGUCUGCUUCCCUGCCGCCAAGCAGACAUGUCUCGACUCCGCCGGUCAACGGGACGGCUCCCACGGCGCCACCGAGCAGAAAGAUCCCUUCACCACCUCCGAACGCGGGAACACACAUCUUUCCGACCGACUUUCCCCCGCCUCGGACAUUCCAGCGGAGCGUGAAACAGUAUGGCGACGGACGCCAGCGAGGCAGUAAUUUCGAUUUGAACCAGCUAUGAGCUUUCGGACACGUCUGCUUGUCGUAUAGCAUGUAACUUAGCCUCUAGAAAUUACG